CCACAAUCAACAGCAGCUUGGUUUCCUGACCCCGCCUCCUCAACCAGUCACACACACGAUACGUUACUUAAGUACAUCUAGGCACGGCCACCGAUUCUAGGACGGACAAGGCAACCGCGUGCUACAGACCGCACCUGGCCUGGCGGGAACAAGCACCUGCGACCAGAAACCAACCCCCGGCCCUCCCCAGCUGGCUUUUUCUUUAGUCGCCGCAAACCACACCAAUCUCGUCUCUGUUUCCUUUUUGCCUUUGACGGCCCAAGAGGAAGAGGCAGAGCUUGCCAGCGAGGCGCCAACAGGGUCGAACACAACAGACGAAGAAGAAGAAGGACGUAACGAGCAGGUACCUUCUCUCCUCUCGAGACCGAACGAAGAAGGUCUCAACAGGUCCUCGCCUCUCAACAAACACCGACCUUUCGCCUCCCUUUCUCGCCACACCUCAGACGAACCUGAAGCCCAAUCACCUCAGGGGGAAAAGGCACCAAGGAGAAAAGAAAAAAAAACACACACAUACCUACAUACAGAACAGACCGUCAAGAUGGAUGACGCCGUGGCACAGUUCAUGGCCUUCACCAACCAGAAUGCCACCGUCGCCGCGGGUUGCCUCAGUAUGACAGAUGGGGACGUCAUGGCUGCGGUCAACAUGUUCUUUGAGAACCCCGACAUUGCGAACUCCUUCUCCGACCAUGCCUCUGCCAACGCGGCGACGUCGUCGUCCUCUGCUACUGCUGGUGCUGCUACUUCCGCCCCUGCAGCUCAACCACAAUCCUUAUCGCGCUCUGCCGGCCGAGAAGACCCUUCUGGCGUUAUUCACAUAGAUUCGGACGACGACGUUGACUUUGAUGGGCUAGAUGAUGAUAGCGGCGAGCAUGUCGAAUCUAUAGAACGCAUCCAGCGCAUCGCCCAGGAGAAUGAUGACGAGGCCAUCGCCCGUCGCAUGCAGGAGGAGAUGUACGGCCAGAACGCCAUGGAUACCGAUGGCGUGCGUGCUCCGAUCGCAAGAACCACUGAGACUCUGGUGGCUCCCAGCGGCUAUGCUGCUGCGGCAGACGAGGACGACUACAGCGCCCUUCCCGGCUUCAUGACCUCGAGAGCCCGCACGGCACAAUUGAGGGGCAAUCCCUUUGGCCAGUCGAUCUGGGAGGACGACGCCCAGCCACCCGGGCCUCCUUCCUUCGCCGAGGCAGCUGGUGGUAGCGCCGCCGGCGGCGAGCGGGCCCGGCGCCUCGCCGACCUCUUCCGCCCUCCCUACCAGCUGAUGUCGCAUCUCUCGUGGGACGACGCGCGGGAAGAGGGCAAGGCAAGCAAGAUGUGGAUCCUCGUCAACGUGCAGGACAUGAACGACUUCAACUGUCAGGCUCUGAACCGAGAUAUAUGGAAGGAUGACGCCAUCACCGCCCUGGUCCAGGAGAGCUUCAUAUUCCUGCAGUACAGCAAGGACGAUCCUCGCGCCACCGAGUACAACACGUUUUACUUUCCACACCACGCCCAGGAGAACCGAGACAACUUCCCACAUGUCGCGAUUAUUGAUCCUCGCACGGGUGAGCAAGUCAAGGUGUGGUCGGGCAUCCCCUUCCCAUCGGCGCAGGACUUUCUCUCCCAGCUUGUCGAGUUUCUGGACCGCUACUCGCUGGCGCGCAACAGCAAGAACCCUGUGUCGAAGCAGAAGGCGCCGCAGCGGGCUGUGGAUGUGGACCGCAUGACAGAGGAAGAGAUGCUGGAGCUGGCAAUGCGCAACAGUCUUGCGACCAAUGGCCAUGAGACCUCGGCUGCCGCUGUCAACGUGCACGACCCAGACGCCCUGACGAAAUCCCUCGAGCUGGACAAGAACAAGGGCAAGGGCGACUCCGUCUUUGCCGAAAUUGCCGCCGAUAGGCCGCAUGUCGAGCCAGAGCAAAGUCCAAGGGUUACGAGGAUCCAGUUCCGGCAUGCCAACGGCAGGGUGAUCCGGCGGUUUCUCCUUUCUGAUCCUGUCCGGCGCAUCUACGAGUGGCUCAAGGCAGAACCGCUCGACGGAGGGGCGGGCGCCGUGUUUGAGCUCAAGGUGAUGCCGCAGGGCAAGGAUCUGUUGGAUGACCUGGACAGGACGGUUGAGGAGGCUGGGCUCAAGCAGGCUACCGUCAUGGUCGAGUACAUUGGGUCUUGAGAGCACAGGAGAUGUUCCCCCUCAGUGAGGCUUACGAAUUACCUAUGGGUGGGGUAGGAUCUUGAUACGCUUAAUGGUGGGACUGGGGAGAGGAGGUGGAGAAGAGGAGUUGGGGUGCUUCCUUUACUCGAUACGAGGAUGGACAAUCAACGGUGCUGGUUUCUUACACAGUUCAGCUCAUGGUUCAUGGUUCAUGACUCUGGUCUUGAGUCGUGGCUGUCAUUAGACACGAGGCUCCUUGACUUUUGGAGGAUGGCUUGUUUCCGUAUCUUCUUUUCUUCUCUCCUUUUUUUUCUUCUUUGUUCUCCUUUCUUCUUCUGCUGUUUCUUUCGGGAGGCGUCACGGCAAAUGGAUCAGGCCAGGCUAGGCCCGGUAGACACGGCAUUGAAACGCAUCAGGCACACACAGCCCAUGACCAUAGAUCUAGGAAGAUGAAAAAGGGAAAAGGGUCUCCCACCCUAGACAUCAGUCCUUUUCCUAC